CUUGUGGGCAAUGUAAUCAGUACAAUCAACAGAGCAUAUCAACUUUUACACAAAAACGAUAACCACGAAAUAAAGUUGUAAUCAGGAAGGAAGGAAGAUCUUUACUUUUGUAAUCAUCUGCUCAAGCAUGAAGUCAACUCUUAGAAUGAACGGUAGGACCGAGUGUGGUAGGAUCACUGGAAAGGAUUAUUUCGCGUCGAGUGGCGAGGAUGUCUCACUGUUGAGCAAGUCAAGUGAGAAGACACAAGCUCGAGAGAAGAAAGGGCGGACUUUGUGUGGAAUCGUACUCAGGAAGAAUUAUCUCUCUCUCGACAGCGAGAAAAGUAAGAUGGGGAAAGAAAAGAAGCUGCGCUCGACUCCGAGUCGCUUUGCAAUAAACCAAACCAUGCUACCUUACAAGAUGUUUUAUUUUUUAUCGGAUGGCGCAUCUUCGUGUAUUGCUCCUUAUCGCUCUCUCUACCUCAAGCAGCUCGGGUUGGGACCUAGUCGCAUCGGCGUCGUGGCUGCCAUGAAGCCCCUCGCGACCUUCCUUUCCAAUGCCAUGAUUGGGUUCUUAGCGGAUCGCUUUGGAUGGCGGAAAGCUAUCAUGUUGACUAGUAUGAUGAUCUGGAUCGGUAGUCUACUAGCCCUCGGAUUUAUUCCACCUGCUUCUGAAGUACCAGGAUCAGUGGCAACGGAACAGUUGAAGGACAUGAUCUCCAAAUUCAAUCACUCUGAUCUAACAGGACAAGACCUGUUGGCCAGGUCAGUAAGAUCAACUCACAAUGAACUUCAACAACAUUUUAACGAGAGGGUACAUCGGCUACGUUGCUUGGUGUUUCAUUGCUCAACGAACAGGACGUUGGAAUCGUUGCCGCAUCACGGGAAAGAUUUCCGAUUAGCGAAGAAAAUGUUUGAUCCCACAAGGAGCAAACAUCUUGGACAUCACAGACGUGUAUCGUCAACGAGCUCGCCGUUAUCGUCAACGACGACUAUGAGAACAACAGCGAAUCAAACGAGAGUAUCAUCAGAAAAGAAUGUUUUUAGAAACCUUGGAGCGUCAAGCAACCAUAGCGAAGGGUACCUUCCCGCCCGCAACGAACUCGGUGAUGAUACCGGGAACCAGAUCACGGAGAUUCCUCUGACCUCGAACAUGAUCACCGAGCUCUUAGCCGACCGCAGCUGGUUAUUUGACCAGCAGGAGCUCUUCCAUCUCUUCCUCAUCAUCCUCGUCAUCAACAACGUAAUCUAUAUCUCGUUAGGGUCAUUCAUGCGACUCGCCGACACCGCGACCCUCAAUGCGCUCAUUAACGAUCCGACGAGCGAAGUGUCGGACUAUGGCUGGCAUCGGUCCUUCGGCGGCUUGGGGUGGGCAAUAUGCUCUCUCACCGUGGGUGUGCUCUUAUCAGGAACCAAUGUAACGGUGGUGAGAUGGGGAGUUACCCUCAUCAUCACCAACUACCGUGUCGCCUUCCUUGCCUUCGCCUUGGUCGCCUCGCUCGCUGCUGUCUGCUCUUUCUUCAUGGAUUUCGAGUAUAGUACCUGUGAUUGGAAUACACAGUGGACGGAGUUACGACGAGUUCUACUCAGUGCCCAUUUUGCAUCAGUUUUCUUCGUAGCCUUCUUUACAGGCGUUUGCAACGGUAGUAUCUGGGGGUUCUUGUUGUGGCACUUCCAGAAUAUAGGUGCCAGUCAAACCCUGAUAGGCGUCCUCGAGGCGUUACAAAGUAUUGCAGAGUUGGUUCUCGGUUUCUUCUCACGUCGUUUCCUAAACUCAUUAGGAUAUAUUUCUGCCCUAACGCUGGGUUUAGGAGUCUACGCUCUCCGAUUCGUUUGCUAUGCUGCAAUUUCUAAUCCGCUAUGGCUAAUUCCAGUUGAGAUUUUACAUGGUAUUUCAUUCUUACUGACGUGGACAGCCCUGGUGUCGUAUCUCGGAUCGGCCGUCCCAGCUGAGUGCAUGACUACGGUGCAAGGUAUCCUCGGGGCACUCUACUUCGGACUCGGCGUCGGGGUCGGGUCCCUGGCCAGCGGCAUGAUCAUUGACCGUUUCAACGCCGUCAUCGCGUUCUAUGGCUUUGCGGUGGCCAGUCUGGGAGUGAUGUUUCUUUUCAUGUUCUUACAACAGCUCUUUCCACGUGAUGGCAUAUUCGAUGACAAGAACAAGUACGAUGACGAUGGCGACGACGAAGAAAAACAGAAACUUGACGACGUGAGCGAUGACGAGACCAACGAGAUCGUCAUAACCCCUUCGCCACCAUACUCUGCUCCUAUCGAGGAGUAUUUACAGCCAAUCAGAACAAAGAAAGAACAACAUAUGCUUGGUCCUGGAUCUAAAACUGGUCCUAUCGUGGGCACGAUACCACACAGACAAUUCCUUUCCCCAUCAACGUCCGCUCGCGUCCGCGAGGAAAACCCUAAGCAUAGACGUCCGUUGAGUUAUUGUGGUACGGGGACCAGCGGAACGCAAGAUGAAGGGCGACAUCAUCGGCCAAUGUCAAUGCAUUUUGGUGAUUCACUUAAAGGUUCACACUCCCGAGAAAACACCUUACAAAACGAUGAAAGUCACGAUGAAGACGCGGAAAAAUACAUGACGUUGGAGACGACGGAAAGUAAUUCGCUAUUAAGUCGUUCAAGAACUCAUACGAUUAGCUAAGGAUAAUGACUGGAUAUUUUAUUAGGCAACAAAUAAAUCGUCCAGAUGAAACGUAUUUAUUUAUUUAUAGUUUGAUCUAAAUGUCGUAAGUAUUGCAGUCAUACAGUGUAAUAAGAGAUUGAUGCCGGCCUAGUACUAUUAUUUUUACUGAAUACAAGCUGCAGAGAACAUGUUUGGUCUUUCAAUAAACACUCACGUCCCGGGUGUGCUCCCCUCAGAAUGUAAGAUAAAACUGAUACUUUGGUUUACAAAAUGGUCCUCUUAUAUUUUUGAAACCAUACGUCCUACGCCUGAAUGAUUCUCUAAAUAUCAUAAAGUUAUUAAAAAAUUAGAACUAUCAUGAUUGAGUGGCUGUGUAUUUUCUAGAUUUUGCAAGCUGUUUUUUUAAUUUUUUUUUAUUUGGGGGGGGGGGGGGACAGAGUUUAAAAUUUGAACAAGGCGCCAAUUCCGCUUCUUAGGGCUAAGAAUUAAAGUCGUAUUAUGCGAUCAUUAUACGACUAUUUAAUAAUGGUAGUUGUUCUUUGUUUCUGUUUAUUCAUUUUGGGUUUAAUACCUUCAUUCCGUAUUGUUUUGACUUACUCUUUAUUUUGUGAAUGUGCACAACGGUUCAACAAAAUGAAAAUUUAGAUGUAGUAAACAUUCCAUGUAGCUGCUAUGUUAAAAAAAAAAAAGUGACAAUCUGUUCUAUAGUAUAUCGUUGUACUUGAACUUCGAAUAUGUUGGAUGACAAAAUCAAUAUUUCGAUUUCGGUUAGAUAAAUAAACACAAUAAGGCCUUAAGUGAUUAAAGUGGAUCCUUAAAAAAAAAAUGUAUAUGUAGUUCCUUCUGCAAAUUGACUCAUGUAGGUCACCCAUUGAUGAAGGUUGUACGCGUGUAACCCGACAAUCCGACCCGACGCGAAGACCCGAUAAAAUGAAGUAAGCCCAUCGAUCGAUGGCAGUGCAUAACCAAUAUCUCAUUUUGUCAACUGACGAAUGAAAACAAGAUAAAGGGCAACUUCGUGAAAUGUGUCCCAAACGGCAUAAGACCACGGGUGUCGAUCUGUAACUGAUACCUAUUCAUCAGGGGGGAUGAUCUAUUCAUUCAUCCCCCCCCUGAUGAAUAGGUAUUACGUAAGGAUCGACACCCAUGCAUAAGACAUUAUUUUAAUUAUUUAUCUCAUUCCAAAACGAAAAUCUCUUUAUUGGACCAUUUGCUGGUGGAUCUUUCUGAUAACACCCAUUUGUUCAUGAAAUACGUGGGUGAAAAGACAUGCCGUAUGGGAAAUUCUUAUCAGUAUCCCCGUCAGUAUCCUUAUUACUCAUUUUGAAGAAAAAUCAUUGAGAAAGGUAUAGACUUAAUGGGCAUGGGAUUACUUUUUGUAAUGGAAAGAAGUUUACUUACGAUCAAACCAGCCUCGAAAACUGCUUAUUAUUUAAUCUUUUUUACCUAAGUAUUCUGAUUGUAGCCCGCGGAAAAAACAACAAUAUUUCCAUUACAGCUGGAAACUUUGAGUAAAGUUAUCAAAAUAGCGUGGCGAAAUAACAAUUGGACAUGUAAAAGGGUAUUGUUGGUACAUGAGUUCAUGUAAUAUGAAAUUCGACUUAGGCUCAUGUAAAAAAAAAAAAAUCUUUUCGUAUUUUUCGAGAGUGUGGACAUGCAGUGCUUUAAAAUCUAAGCUAGUCAAUCAACUAUCUCUUCGAAAGAAACUUGACUCUCACACCGAAACAAGGGACGUCAGUAGACCAUUUAGAAAGAGGGGAUUGGGGGAAAAGCACUCCUAAUUUUCAAGUUAGUGGGCUGAUUCAGCUGAAACAUUUCCAGAAAGAAAAAUACACUUCCUUUUUAAGUUCUAAAAUCCUCAAAUUUGCCAACUAGGCCAUAAACUGGUGUUCCGAUUUUCAAAAAUGCCGACAGAUUUUCCGAUAGGGGUAGACUUGUCGGAGAGCGAUUUAAAUUGAUGUUAAUCAACCUAAGAUCUUUAACAAUAUAUUUUAAAAAGAAAUUGAUGUCUGUGACUUCCAUCUUGUUUUUUUUCCCAACAGACAGCUCUUAAUCGAAGUUGUUACAUCCUUUAUAUGAAAAUCACCUCUAAAGGGACUUCCCAGACCGAAGGAUUUUUGGUCUAAUGGGUAUUUAAUUUGUAGAUCCAUACAUAAAGUCUUUUUUUUCACAAAAGGGGUAAAAGAGAGCUGGUCAUUGUCGUGUCGUUAACUACCUUACAUUAAACGCAGCUUAGUUCUCUGUAUAUUGACAUGAUUUACAUCGCUCUCCACCAACAUUAUGUCCCCUAAGUUCUUUUUUUGGUAAUCGUUCUUCCUUUUUUUCUUCAAACGUGGAAUAAUCCCUAAUGUAUUUUGAUGAAUCGCUUGCUAUUUUCUCUCCGGCGUAUUUGACUACACACAACUGUGGGCCUCUGUGGGGUUGUAAAUUAAUUGCCGUGGAUAAGGUACUGACUCAAUCGAAGGUGCACAAUUUUGUACAUGUUUUGGAUUAUAUCUAAAUUGUUAGAAUAUACAAUAAAAUAUAUACAAUAUAUACAAUUUAAUACCCACCUCGAGCACAUAAAUCAAUGACUUGAUUGAUUUUGUUUUUAAGGCAGUUUUAUUUCUGCAUUUAUUAACAAAAUAAAAAUGAAAUAUACAAAUAUUUUUCAAUAAAAUAAAAAUAAGAAAACAAUAACAUUAGAACAGUAAAAAAACCAAUCAUGAUAUACAAAUGUGACAAUAAUUUGACAAUAUUUUUACAAAAAUAAAUAAAUGCAGUAGCCGAUUCAUCAUGAGCAGUGAGCUUGAGUGGAUGGUGGCCUGAGAGGCGAAGGGGGAAGCAUAGUUUUGGAAGUAUUAUUGAUUGAAAAUCUAUAAAUAAAUAUUGCUGCUUGCAAAGUGUGAAUAUCACUUAUUUUUAGGGUUUUAACAUUCAUAAAUAUAGAAUCUGUGUUUCCUAAAAAAAAGUGUGCAUGAGCGCAUAUACGUAUUGCUUUUUUUUAAAGAAGAAAUAUUACAUUGAUUCUCGGUACACUACUAUUUCCACAAAGGGAAUAUGAAUGAAUUAUAUACCGUAAUAAGUGUCCUUUUUUAAAGAAAAUAUUUCAAUUUAUAUAACAUACAUUAAGCUCUAGAGAAAAGAGCACAAAUAUUAUUUAUAUGUGGAUGCCAUGUCAAAUUAAAACCUAUUAUUGCGCCUAGAAAUUUACUGAAUCUGUUGUACAAUAGGGAUCCUAUCAAUACAUAUAUUAUCAAAAAUUUGCCUGUAGAGUGCAAACUCUUAGAAUAUAUAAAGUUGGUUUUGUUUGAAUUUAAAGAUAAUUUAUUACAUCUUAACCAAAUAGAUAAUAUGUCUAAUUCAUACUUUAAAGUUUCAAUAAGAGUUUUUAAAUUUUGAAGUGAAUAAAAUAUAUUAGUGUCAUCUGCAAAUGAAAUGUAUUUUUAAGAGAGGUGAUGUGUUUACAAUGUCAAUAAUGUAAAUCAAAAAGAGCAAGGGACCUAUUAAAAAUGGAGCCUUGUGGCACUCCACAUUUAAUUUUUGAAGUUAACGACAAAUUACAUUUAAAAUCAACAAAUUGUCGUCUUUUUAAAUGGUCCUGAAUAAAAAAGAACGGUGCACUAGAUCCUUAAGUUUCUAAUUUAUAAAUCAAUAUUCUAUGAACCAUAGUGUCAAACGUUUUUGACAAGUCCAUAAAAAUUCCUUCAAGUUGUUCUUUUUAGCGAAUGAAUUAGUAAUUUUAUCACUUAAUUGCAAAAAUGUUAUGAUCAGCUGAGUAAUCCUUUGAAAAUCCAAAUUGGUUAGGUGUUAAUAUAUUAUUAAUAUUAAAAAACUGAAUAUAAUCUUUUAUGUCCUUUUUUUCUAAUAUUUCAGAUACACUUGGUAACAAAAAAAUUGGUCUAUAAUUGAUCAUUUGAUUUCCAAGGUUUGAUAUUCCAUUGGCAUAUUAUCUGUAGCACAAUUUUUGCGGACUAUAUAUAUUAUGUUACUACAGCAAUAUAUUACAUUCAUUAUUUAUUUCAAUGAAUCUGGUCAAAUUAAGUCAAGCUAUACUUUUGCGCGUCGGCAUCAUAUUAAACGUUAACUCUGAGAGAUAUUAUUUAUUUAUUUAUGUAGGCCUACUUUUUUCUUCCUUGUAUUCAUGUUGUUGGUGAUAUAUGGAAAACAAAUCUGGAGCUGAGUACGUUAUGUAUUCGUUGUUAAAACAUAUUAUUGUGACAUCUUGAUAAAUAAAGAAUAAAAAUGAAUGAUUGGAAAC